AUGUCCUCUCUUUCAGCGACCGAUGUUGCUCUGUUCUCUGUCUUCUUGGGAAUGCUGUACGCCUGGAGGCGGCAACGUCGUCCUCCCUUUCCGCCUGGACCGCCUGGUCUGCCGCUGCUAGGCAAUCUUUUACAGGUCCCGACGAAACAAGAAUGGCUUACUUAUUUGCGGUGGACGAGGAAGUACAACUCGCCCAUCAUCCACUUCACGGCUCUGGGACAGCAUUUCAUCGUCUUGAACGAUGCAAGGACCGCAGGAGACCUAUUCGAUAAGCGAUCGUCCAAGUAUAACGAUAGGCCCCAACCUAUCAUGCUGGCCGAACUGUGGGUUCUAUUCAACCCUAAAGGGAUCACUCUCAUGUACAAAUGCAGCGUCGACUUGCCGAAGUUUAACUUUGGUGAUGGGACUCAUGGCAUUCAUAGGUUUUAUGCCCUACGGAAAUCGGUGGCGUGCAAGCCGGAAGGCGAACAACGCUCUAUCUUUCACUCGCAGUUCCAAGAAUCGGCCGUCAGGAAGUUCCGCCCGAGAGAGAUAGAAGGUGCUCACGAGCUACUUCGCAAUAUUCUGGAACAUCCGGCCGAACUCUUCCAACAUUUGCGCUACUACCCGGGCAGCCUCGUCUUGUCGGUGGCGUAUGGUAUCAAGACCGUUCCUAAGGGCGAUCGGUACCUCUAUUGGGCCGAGAAAGCAAACGAAGGCAUUAUGGAGGCAGCAAACCCGCAUCUCGUCGAAUUUGUGCCUUUUCUGAAAUAUUUCCCCGACUUUUUGGCUAGCUUUAAGCGGAAGGCAAAAGUGUGGAAGGAGUGGACAACCACAGCCUGGAAUACUCCUUUUGUUCAUGUGCAGAAGACUUUGGCCGAUCCUUCACCCGACACCAAUAUAGCAACCUCUCUGGUCGGGAUGGCCCUUUCUGCCGCUGACGAGAAAGAGGACCAGGUGUUCCACGAGGAAAGCGUGAAAGCCGCUGCCGGCGCAAUGUUCGAAGCCGGGUCGGAUACUACCGUCAGUGCAAUGAAGUGGCUUAUACUCUGGAUGCUGCGACGCCCGGACAUCCUUGCUGCGGCACAGAAGCAGAUCGACGACGUUGUAGGGCCCGAUCGGUUGCCCGAGUUCGCGGACGAAGCCUCGUUGCCGCUCGUAUCGGCGAUCAUCAAGGAAACGCUGCGUUGGAGUGCUUUCGUUCCCCUCGCUCUCCCGCAUCGGCUCACGGAAGACGAUGUUUAUGAAGGCUACUUCAUCCCGAAAGGUACGAUCGUGCUCGGCAACAUUUGGGCCAUGUUGCGUGACGAGCAGACUUGGGGUCCUGACGCGCACGAGUUCAAUCCGAACCGCUUCCUCGACGCGUCCGGCGCUCUCGACGCGACGGUCCCGGACAUUACACAAUCAUUCGGUUUCGGCCGACGUAUCUGUCCCGGACGUUACAUGGCCUGGGAUAGCAUGUGGAUCGCGGUGGCAGGGAUGCUCGCAACGUUCGACAUUGCGAAUGCGGUAGACGAGACUGGGCAGCAGAAGACGCCGACCUUGGAGCACACGGACGGCAUCGUUAUGUGA